AUGUCUUCUUCUUCUUCUUCACUUAUACUCUUCUUCUUCUUCUUCUUGUUUGCUUCUACAUUCCUCUUCACUUCAUCAAACUCAUUCAACAUCACAGAAAUCUUAGAACAGAACAAAGAUUUCUCCACUUUCAACAAACUUCUCUCCCAAACCCAACUCGCCUCUACCAUCAACAGCCGUCAAACCGUGACCGUCCUCGCGCUUUCCAACGACGUAAUGUCCUCCUCCUCCCCCGACAGAUCAACCGACGAGAUCAAGAACAUCCUUAGCCUCCACAUCGUUGUAGAUUACUACGACAUCAAGAAACUCAAGGAUCUGAAAGACAAAACAGUAAUACUCACCACUCUCCUCCAAUCAAGCGGUCAAGCUAAAGGCAGACAAGGGUUCGUAAACGCAACCGUUAUGAAAAACGGUGACGUUGAGUUUGGAUCUGCGGUUCCUGGGUCUAUCCUCAGCGCUAAGCUUAUUGACUCCGUUGCGUCACAACCACCUAGCAUCUCGGUGCUUCAUAUCAGUAGUGAAUUACCUAUAAUGAUCGACUUACCUAAUGAUUCUCCUUAUAAAUCAUCUUCACCACUUCCUGCACAACCUCCUGGUGAUGAUGAUUAUACUUAUGACGAGCCACCAUCCCCACCAUCCUCUGCUCCGGCUGCUUCUGCUACUGCAUCUCAUGGAAAAUCCAACUCAACAAACGGAGUCGCAGCGAUCAGUUCUCAGUUUGACGUGGCGUUUGCGGUCGUGAUGUCAUCCUUUUGCUUGUUCAUGAAGGUCUGGUGA